AUGCAUAUUGAUAUCACUGAAGAGGAUUAUUCUCGUGAAUUAUGUGGUCUUCCUGGUGUUGAUGUCUGCGUCAUUAAUUCAGAGACAAAUUCAUCCAUAAACAAUGUUUUCGAAUCUUCUAAUCAAUUCUAUCCAGCAGAUUUAGAAAAUCAAAUAAUUCGUAUAAGACGAGAUGCUGGUCUAGAUCAACGUGUAUUCAAUGUCCCUACAUCUUCACAAGUUGCAGCAAUAUGGGUAGAAAAUGAUGAAGGAGAUUUUCAAUCUAGAGAAAUCGAUGAUGAAUUGAUUGUUAAAAUUCUAGAAGAAGAUAUUGCCGCAUCAGAAUCUCUUAAUAGUGAACAAAAACAUGUUUAUAAUGCAGUGCUGGAAAAAGUAUUUGCAAACCAAAACGGCGCAUUCUUUGUAGAUGGUCUAGGUGGGACAUGGAAAACAUUCAUAUACAAGGCACUUCUCGCAACAAUACGAUUAAGAAAAUUAGUAGCACUUGCAACUGCUUCAUCAGGUGUUGCCGCAUCUAUUCUUACGGGAGGUCGAAUGGCACACUCACGUUUCAAGCUUCCACUUGAUACUGACAAAAGAAGCACGUGUUGUGUCAGCAAACAAAGUGUCCUGGCAAACUUACUUCGUGCAGCAAAAUUAAUAAUAUGGGAUGAGGCUCCAAUGACAAGAAAACAACACAUAGAAGUAUUAGAUAAAAUGCUACGAGAGAUCAAUGAUUCGGAUGUAACAUUCGGUAGAAAUGUUGUUGUUUUCGGCGAAAAUUUUCGACAAGUUUUACUCGUGAUUCUUAUCUUGGCUGGUUCUGAUACUAUAUCUCUUAACCUGAUAUGGCUCUUAUCCUUAUUAUUAAACAAUAAACAUGCUUUGAAACGAGCCCGAGAAGAGUUGGAUCUCAAAGUUGGAAGGGAUAGAUGGGUGGAAGAUUAUGAUAUUAAAGAUCUAGUUUACCUCCAAGCCAUAAUCAAAAAAUCCUUGCGCUUAUACCCACCAUCCACUUUAUCGUUUCCACACGAGUCAAUAGAAGAUUGUCAAGUUUGUGGCUAUUACAUUCCAAAGGGAACUCGCUUGUUUGUGAAUGUGUGGAAGCUGCAUCGUGACCCAAGGGUUUGGCACGACCCUAAUAAUUUAUUGCCUGAAAGGUUUCUCUCAAGCCAUGCAAGUGUGGAUGCGUCAGGUCAACAUUUUCAAUUCAUACCAUUUCGGUCUGGAAGAAGAUCUUGCCCUGGAGACAUGUUUGCCUUGCAAGUAUCGCAAUUGACACUAGCUCGUUUGCUUCAGGGAUUUGAGUUUACAACACCAUUGAACAAGCCGGUGGACAUGACUGAGGGCUUAGGCAUCACCUUGACCAAGGCAACUCCCCUACAAGUUGUCAUCACUCCCCGACUCUCUUCCAAACUCUAUGAAUCCUAG